CAAAACGGUAACGAAGGAGGCAGCACGAGCAAAGGUACAACCAUUAGUGGUACUGCUGCCGGGUCAUCCUCAAGCACCGUGGGCCCCAGCGCCACCAAGAACACGACAGGCAGCAGCAUCAUGGGCAAGAAAGCAAGCGGCGGCGCAGCGCAGAGGACGCACACCAAUCCGAAUGCUACCCAGUUUGAUCUCGGAGAGCUCGGCCAAUCCAUGCCCACCGCGGUGCAGCAUGGCUUUUCCAGCAUGCUUUUCCGCGGACCGCAGCCAAAGCCAAUCACAGGCGGCGGCGAAGUGUCCGAGACAUCAGGCAGCACCGUGCGCAGUAGAAAUAGCGCUGCAGGGGCAGGUGCAAGUGGAAACGGUGGGCAGCGGAAGGGGAAUCAUUGGCUCAAGUCGAUGCAACGAGCCACUGGCCAAGGCGAUGAGGAUGACGAUGAGGAUGACGAUGUGGAUUCUGGCGUAAGUGACGAGGAGGAGGAAGCGAGCCACGGCGUCCAGAGCGGUGUUGCUGCUCAGGGGCAAAAGGAGGCACCCACUGCCGGCGACGCGUCUGCAGUAGCUGGAAUUUCUAAAGGCAAAGGCGCCGCCGUAGGCAAGCAAAGUGCAACCAAAACGGGCAAUAGAUCUCGAAACCAGCAUGAAGCAGCACUGACAGAUCCGAAGAAAGCUGCGCAGUACGAUGUGCAUCGCAACAUUGCGUGCGGUAAGAAAAAGCAGCGAUCCCACAGCAACGGCGGCGCAGACGGCGGUCUCACAGAGAACAAUGCCAGCAUGUUCAAUGUGCUUGCAGGCGGCGCGCACGGCGGGCCAUGUGCUGCGGCAAAUGGCGCGGGGGGCGUCGGCAUCGAAGAGGAGAGUGCAGAUCUGGAUAAGGCCCGUAAAGCGCAGAAUAGAAUCGCGCAGCGCGAGUUCCGCCAGCGCAAGCAGGAGUACAUCCGAGCGCUCGAGUGCCGCGUAGAGCUGCUCUCCACCGAUCACGACACGCAGGUCGACCGCCUGCGCUGGCUGCUCCGCCAGCUGCUGAUUGAGAACAACCAGCUGCGUGCUGUGCUGGGUCUGCUGUCUUCUUUCGUCGGCGAAAAGGGCAUGGGCGGCUUCCUCGGCUCGAACCAGGAUGUCAAGAAGGAGCUCGAAGAGCUGCUCUUAACCACUUCUGAGCGCACCGUCACACAGGCAUGGCACACCUGGCCCGGGCAGAAGGAGAGCGGCGUGCUACGCCAGAUGCGUGUCGAUGCGCACCUCCCGCCUGAGGGCUUGCCGGAAAGCGCAGACCGGUUCGCGCACCAACAGAAGCAAAGGCACCAAGCGAGCGUGAGCCAGAACAAAGCCAGCAGCCUCGCGGACGAGACAAACAAAGGCCAGAAGCGCAAGGCGGGGGAUACCGCCCCUCCGAUCGACAGCUCUUCUGGCGGCGCUGGCUCUGCGGCGGCGGACGGGGACGCAGCCUCCAGCGCACGCAGCGCAAGCACAGGUGCGACGCCUGAGGAAGGAGGCAUGCAGCACCCAAAUGAGCAUAGAGCCCCUUUCGGGGACAGCAUCCUUGCCGGCUCAAGGGUCGUCAGCAGCGGCUUCAAGAAGCCACGCUUCCUGGAAGCGGAUGAUCGGGCACCUGAUGCUCUGCUUAAGGAACCGCCUUCCUCGAGUUCGAACCACAAUCAACUCACGCAGUCGCCCAUAGAAAUUCAGCAACAGCCCCACCAGCAGCAGGGGUUUCGGAUGACAUCCAGCUCCAAUCAUGACCCGAUGACCCUCCCUGCCGGAGCGUCAGCAGCUGCGUUCAUGGAUAUGAUGCGCAACGUGAGCAGCCACUUGGAUGGGUGGCGCCAUCACCAGCAACAAGCGCAGACGUCCGUCACGGGGAAUGGCAGCGGCAUGGAACCUUCUUCGUCCACGUCUGCAUCUGCACCUCUGGCCUCGUCCGCUGCCUCGGCUCUGCGGUCCGCACACCAAGGAGCUGGGCCAUUUCCUCCGUUUGGCCUCCACGGCACGUUCGGCUUGGGAGGGCUCGACAUUUUGCGCGGCAUGCCAUCCGCAAAUGGCGGCAGUGGCGAUGGUAGCAGUGUAGACUUGUUGGUAGGUAAUGCCAACGAGGGCAGUGAGGGCGUGAUGGCAGCUACCUACGGGCCAUCGCUGCAUCAAGCAGGCUUCUCUGCCAUCGGCGAGCUGCCCAUAUCUGGAAGCCUGCAGAACGACUUCAACCUCGGCUUCUGGCAGGAUCAGAAUACCAUCACAAAUGCCUUCGCGGCUGCCGCCUUCCAGGCGAUUGGGCGUAGCCAGCCGAACAGCAACGCUGCGUCGCCGGCGGCUGCGAACAGCACGCAUGAAGCAGCAGCAGCGGCGGCCGCCGCAGGCUCCAGGAUGAGCCCGCUGACGAACAAUACAUACCAGACGAUCCCCGGGAUGCAAGGAGGUCCGGGUCAAGCAGCUUCGCCUUCUACUUCGAGCGGCUCGCCGGCAUCCGCGCAUGUGCGGAAACCAGCCUCAGUGGGCCAUGGCCCCACGCAUCGGAGCCCGAGCAUGGCAGCUGCAGCGGUGGACUCGUCCAUGCAGGGCAGCCGCAGUCGAGCGGACUCUGAUCUUUCCAAGGCAUGCAGCGCGUCUGACUCCGCCACAGGCUCGGUUGCUGCGCCGGGACAGUACAAUUGCGGUCCCAAAUGCCAGGAAGACUGCGCGGACAUACGACACAUGAAGUUCACGUUUGAGCGCAUCAACAAUGCGCGGAAGCGCUUUGGCCGGACGGACCUGCUUCCGCUGUGGACACCACACGAGUGCUCGCACACCGAGUUGAAGCCGGCGGACUUGGAGCGCUUGCGCGAGCUCGAUGCGUCAGGGCGCGACUUCCCUAGCGGCAUGACCAAGACGGAGGAGGAGCUGGAGCGGCUGAAUGAGGCGGCGAUGCUCAGUUGCCACCACCUGGAGAACUUCCGGCGGAAUCCAGCGUACUGCCUGCCGUCGCUUCUGCGGCCAUCGGUCAAGCAGCUCAGCAUCCCGCACGACCCGCUCAUUGACUGCCUCCCGUUCCCCGGCCUGCGCGACUCGCUGAUCACUCAUCCGAGUGAGAUUGACCUGGACGAUGUGUACUUCCACAUGUGCCAGCAGACGGAAGUGCACGACGGCGACAUCAUGGCCGAGGGGACGUGGGAGCUCGGCGUGCCGUUCUUGAUCCGGUACAACCAUCUGAUCGAUGAUCGGACGCUUUCCGUGUGCAACAAGCACCGUGUCGCUCGCGGAGAGCAGCCUAUAUCGCGGGCAGACCUCGUGAGCCUAGCGCGCAACUCUGGCUGAAGCGUCGCCAGGCGUCAAGGGCUUGCGAGCCCUGAGGCACCCAUCGGUUGAGCACUGUCCUCCUGCUUGCUUCGCAGCGAUUCGGUCGCC